UGAGUCUCAUACUGGUCUACCUUUACUCAACAGCACAAUAUAUUACACUUCAUCCCAGACUUGGGCAUAUCUUUCACCGCAAAUCAAUGUACCACUCGAUAAGAUUCCUUAUGAACACUCGGCAACGCUUCAUCCAAGAUCAGGUAUUAUAUACUACUUUGGAGGAAGAAAUUGUGAUAGUAAGGGCUAUUAUUGUAACGUUGCCAGUCUCCAAUGGGGAUUCAUUUUUGAUACCAAAAAAAUGAUGUGGGGUCGAAACAACUACACUGCCUCCGUCGGUAGUCGGUUUCCUUCGGCUAGAAAUGGAUUGACAACUGUACUUGCACCUGAUUCUCAGCAUAUCGUUUUAUAUGGUGGUCACAAUGAUUCAGAAGCUGUUCCUGAUAUUAUGUAUACUCUGAACCUCGAUAAUAACAAAUGGACGCAAGUCAACAUAGGGACUGACAACAGCGAUCUUGCAAGGUCUUAUCACUCAGCUGUUCUAGUAAAUACCACACUUUUCAUUCUUUUCGGAAUGAAUAGAGAUGCUAUUUUUUCCACAACUAUACUUGCUUAUAAUGUAACCGAUGUAUCAAAUAUACAUCAACUUGAUUAUUACUCUUCUGGUGCAAUCGACACAAACACUACUCUAGGUCAGCCUAGUCCCUUAGCUUCUUCCGUACCAUUGUCUAGUCCCAAAUCUUUAUCAGCAGGGGCAAAGGCUGGUAUAGUUGUUGGAUCAAUUGUGGGCGCAGUAGCAAUCUUCAGUGCGCUCUUUCUUCUUUAUCGUAAAAAGUCAGCGAAAUGUAUGCAGUCAGCAGUUCAGGAUCCAGAUGAACAGUCAAUGGAUGAAAAGAAGGAUUUGGAUUGGCACAAUAUUGAGCGUCAGUACUUUGAACUCGAUACGCCUUCUACAGUAGCAGUGGCGGAAUCUCUUUAUAGGAUUUCUGCGGAUCAGCAAGUGUUAUCUCCCAAUGCCAAUCCAGACAGCACAUACACUGUUUCCAAAGCUAUAGAUAAGUCACAAAUGCCAAAUGUAGAAGCAACUCAUACAAUGGAAGGUUCAGCACAGACCCCGGAUGCUGCAGCCUUUUAUAUAAAAGGUUUAUUGCAGACGCCUGAUACUGUAACAAAGUAAAUUUAGAAUUGAGAACAGAUUGCUAGACUGCAACUCUAACGUAUAGCCAUACACAUACUUUUUUUUAUAUUAUUAAAAUUUGAUCAUUGAACAGUAGUAUGCCAUUGUACGGCUCAUUUUAAUAGUUAUCAUUUAUUAAUGAGUCGAGAAAAAGUAAAUCCUUAUUGACCGAAAUUAAAAAGGUGGCCUUU